AUUUUUAAUUUGAAUUCAAGCCCCAACUCUAUAAAAUAAAAUAUAAUUUCAGAUGAAUAAUUCAUAAUCCUUUGAAGUCAACAACAAAAGGCUUGCGAAAUUAAUUAUUCCUGAAGUAUUUUCAUAAACCACUAAUACAUAUUUGAACACAAAAGAGGAUUUUUCAAAUUUUAGUACUAUGGGGGCUAUGGAUAUUCCUGGCAUGCAAAUUUUGGAAAAAUACCCCUUUGAAAUUACCCGAGUAAUUGAAGAGCCAUCCUAUGAUUUUUUCGAAUCUAAAAAUUGGUCGAUUUUAAGAGCACCUGGAGUAUCUUGGGUUGCGUGGACCAAGGCAAAGGAUGACAAAUAUAAUUCACUUCAGAAUUCUAAAGGAGAGGAAUCUCAUGAAACAGUACCACCAAGCAGAAAAAAAUUAUUAGAAACAACAACAAGACAAAAUCAACCUGAAGAUUUGUCACUAACACGAAAAAGGAAAAGAAAAUCCUGUGCAGAAAAAGCUCCUAAAAGAGAAAUUAGGCAAGGAAAGGAAAAUCAAACAGAAACACCUGUUCGAUCAAUAAGAGAGAAGAAGAAACGAAAAAUGGAGGAACCAGUUGCACAAGAUGCCCCUAAGAGAGAAAUUUCAAGGUCUGAGACAAGCUUACUCAUCAUGAGAACACCUACCAAACAGUCGAGGAGAAGGACACUUUUUUCUCCAGAGACGUUCGAGGCAUCGUUAGAUUUCACUUUACUUUUCGGCGAGAAUCUUGAAUCUCCAGUCAGAAGGCACUGCUGAAAACAUUUUUUAUAUAAAUAUUUAUUUUUAUACAAGAAAUUCAAAGAGCUGCGUUCACCUCUAAGAGCAAGAAUGAAAAAUAUCAAGAGAUAUCUUAUGAUGCUCUUUAAUCAAAACCGGAUUUUGGUUUGUGGAAGGAAUUCCGGGGUGGAAUAUAAUAGAAAAUUUCAUUAUUGCUUCAAAUUUAUCCAUCUUUUGUUUGUAUUUUUUAACUAUAUAUGAUAAAUACUAAAUAUACGUUAUUGUUG